UCGGUGGAUUUAUAUCUGCUGCACUCUGGUCUGUGUGACUCAGUGGAAACUGAAGCGAAGGGAAGAGAUGCAGCCAUAAACUGCAGAAGAAGAAGACAUUGAAGAGAAGAAGAAGAAAAAAGUUGAAGAAGAAAACCUGUUCCAGGAGUCGACUCACUGAGGUGCAUCAUGGGAGCUCCUUAGGUCCAGACAGACCUCCGGUUCCUCCACAGACACCCAGCAUGCUGGCCAGCUCACCCCGAGGAAGGAGCGCUCCGGCUGGGGCAGGACGGCUGCUGCUGCUGCCUCUGCUGCUGGGACUCAUGAUGACGGUGGUGGUGGUGGAGGAGGUGGAGGCGAGUGUGGACGAGGAGAGCGAGGAGAGUCAGGAGAUCCUGGAGGAGGAUGAAGCCGUCAGCGCCGAGAUCCUGGAGCCGCCGUCCUCAGAUGUGUCCAGAGUUUCUCCUCUCAGCUCCUGGCUGAUCUUCAGAAGAAACUCCAACAAGGGGGACAACCGGAGAACCAAAGGCUCCAGGAGGAGCUCCAAGCAUGGUCUUCCAGGACCUCCAGGACCUCCAGGACCUCAGGGCCCUCCAGGGCCACCGGCGCCCAUCCUGCCCCAGCAGCAGGAGCUCAUCCAGGAGCUGCAGCUGAAGCUGAGAGACCUGUCAGUGUGCCUUCAGUGUGAUCCUCCUCCUCGUGUUUCCACCUCGUUCCUCCGUCGCCUCCUUCAGACGGUCUUUGUCCCUCGACGAAGUCUGUUGGAGCUGCAGCCGUUUAGCCAGCCUUCGGACUCGGAGCGAAGCCUCCAGAGAGGCCACAGCUUCAACGCCAGCACCGGCCGCUACAGCGCUCCGGUGUCCGGCUUCUACCAGCUCACCGCCAGCCUGCUCAUUGAGUCUGCAGAGCGAGUCCAGGUUCGGCUCCGAGACAGCGUGAGAGCAGCGAUCUGCAUCGAGUCGCUCUGCCAGAGCAACCUCUCGGUGGAGUCGGUGACGGGCGUGGCGGCUGCUGGAGGAACGUUCAGCAUCUUACUGACAGGAACUCUUUACCUCCAGGCGGGCGAGUACGUGUCGGUGUUCGUGGACAACGCGACCGGAUCGGCCGUCAGCGUCCUGCAGGACUCGCUGUUCUCUGGAAUCCUGCUGGGAGUCUGAGCAGAAACACAACAACAGACUGUUAGCAGCAGGAACGUCUGUCGGAGCCUCUCAGCUGCAGGAGCACAGCUGCAGAUACCUGAUCAUUAAACUCUGGAUGAGCCGAGAUCAUCAAUCCAUCAGUUUCAAAUGUCAGAAAAUCGUGAAAAUGUGGAUCAGAGCUUCUUCAGAUGUCUUGUUUAGUCCAAAGAUGUUCAGUUUACUGGAACCAGAAAACAUUCACUCUGAAGGAGCUGAAAUCCGUUUAUGAUUCAAAAAACGACCAAGAUUUGUCCAAAUGGUCUGAAAGUGUGUCGAGAACAACUGGAAAUGUUUUAGUAUGAAUAAUGAGUAAACCAUCAGAAGCGUCGGUAGCUUUGGAUUAACUUCCACACAUCCUGCAGCAGACGUGAAAGCAGCAGCGUUCCUCAUAUCUGACGAGGACUUGUUAGAUCUUUACGUUUCAUAUUAAAGGCGCUCAGCAGCAGCUUCUGACACAUUCACUGAUGUCUGACGGCGUUUCUUAUAUUUAUUGUCUGGAUGUAAUAAACAAGUUGUGAAUAUUUCCCAUAAUAAAACUUUGUACUUGCUGACAGCGUUUGAGCUGAA